CACCUUCACAAUACAUACGCCUCCUUUUCUGAUUUUCAGUUACACUAUGGCUGAUCGCGUACAUCCUCGAGAUUCAUCGCCGGCGAGUUCACCGAUUUCGUCAAAAAACUCCGGCGGAGUAGCUACGGGAACUCAGACAAAGCAUGUGCUGCCGUCGCCGGGAACGUAUGUUGUUCAAGUACCAAAAGAUCAAAUCUAUCGGUAUCCUCCACCGGGGAAUUCUCGACGUUACGAAGCUUUGAGAAAACGAAAGCCUCGUCGGAGCUGCUGUUGCCGGUGCGUUUGCUAUACUUUAUCUCUCCUUCUAAUUCUCAUUAUCGCACUUGGAAUCACUGCUGCUGUUGUCUACCUCGUCUUCCGUCCUGAAGCUCCAAAAUACACUAUCUCCGACGUCGCGAUUAAGAAUUUCAACUUAACUUCGUCGUCUCCGGUAUCGCCGGAAUUCGACGUUACUAUCCGAGCUGAAAAUCCUAACAAUAAGAUCGGAAUUUACUACCGGAAAGGAAGCUCUGUCACCGUAUUCUACUCCGAUGUCCGUCUCUCUAACGGCGAGUUGCCGGAGUUCUAUCAGCCUUCGACUAACAUAACUGUUUUUCAGACGCCGCUAAAAGGAUCAAACGUCUUGCUUGGUAACGCCGUUAAAACGGCGUUAAGGAAUGAACAGAUGAAAGGAAAAGUUCCGUUUAAGGUUAACAUUAAAGUUCCCGUUAAAGUUAAAGUUGGCGCCGUUAAGACGUGGGAAAUCACCGUUAAGGUUAAGUGUGAUGUAACGGUGAAUACUUUAACGGCCAAAUCAAAAAUAAUUUCUAAAGAUUGUAAAUAUAGUGUUAGCCUUUGGUAGUAAAUAGUGAUAUAUCUAGGAUUUUAUUUUUUUUCCUUUUCCUUCUAUUGGUAGUAAAAAUAGUUUACAUAAUAAAGUGAAAUUUUUAUAAUAUACUAAAAUACACGCUAGUUAGCUAAAUUAGCUUCG